AUGGUGAAAGCAAAGUUCAGCAGACGAGGAGUGGAAACUCCAUCUCAUCAUUCCUCCCAUCAUGGCUCUUCUGUUCGAAUACGACCUUCCUGGAUUUUGUUUGCGGUCAUGACACUGCUCGUCGUCUUUUAUGUGCGACUAUUUGUCCGGUUGGACGAACACACGCGGGAACUCCUCAAUCCAAUGCUGUUGUCCAUCAUGGCACCGCCCACAACAACUACUACUACUAGUAAUACCAUUGGCUACUUUGUCUCCAUUACGAAAUGUCCCGAUCCUUCCAUUACACAGGCUCCCUUGGCGGAUGGGGCGGCCGUCCUUCAACACUCCAUUCACUUGGUGCACGGCAAUAGUAAGUACGAGUACAAAAUGCACGCCAUUUACCAUCCAACAGCAGCGGCGUGUGUGCCACCUCUGGCCCAACUGGGAUACCAACUCGUGGAGAGACCAACACCCGUCCAAAUAGACGAAAUUCAGGGAGAAUUCUUGCGCAGUCGCAUCCAAGGCAAUGGAUGCUGUGGAGAAAAGGAACUCAUCAAGUUGGAGGCACUCACAUUCACCGAAUUCCCCAUUGUGGUGCAUGUCGAUCUCGAUGUGCUCAUUUUGAAACCCCUGGAUGAUUUGUUUGAUGCCAUGCUGCAGCAGACAUCAUCACCACCAGACAAUAAUGAUGAUGACCCAGUGGCCAAAAUACAACGCAUGUGGCCCGACGAUCCAGUGCCAGAGAAAAUAAAUGCCUUUUUUACACGAGAUUACGGCGUUGUCAACUGGAACAUUCCAUACAAGCCUGCCCAAGGAGGAUUCCUUAUCCUGAGACCCGACAAAUCCGUCUACGAGGAAUACCUGGCAAUCGUCAGGGAAGGAAACUUUCAGCAAUUCAAAGGAUGGGGUGGCUUGGUGGGGCCAUUCUAUGGGGCCAUGACGGUGCAGGGGUUGAUUCCCUACUAUUUUGAUGUAUUGCAUCCUGGAGAGACCGUAGUACUUAACAAUUGUGUCUACAACAACAUGAGCAACAACCCAACGGACCAACCCACCAUCAAGGAGGUAUUGCAGGGCAAAUGCCGCAGUGGAAAGACAAUGGAUCAAUGUGAGGAUUGUCGAAGGCGACCGUUGGAGGAUAUUGUGUCGGCCCAUUUUACACUCUGCCAGAAACCAUGGUUUUGCUUGCCCUUUGCGCAAGACAAGGUGGAUCACAGACAGUGUCGCAAGCUGGUACAUGAAUGGUUCCGGAUUCGAUCCGAUCUGGAGAAAAAGUGGGGGAGAAGUGGAAUGGGAUCAGCGGGAACGACAACGUGGGUACACCGAGACCAAUUUUAUGGUUACUGCAGCCAAACGGGCAAGGAGGCAUACAUACCUAUUGAGCAGCCGUACGGGAAGCCUACACAAUAA